GAAGCUCUGCUCUGUGCUUUCGAGACUCUUGGAAAGACUUGGCCCAGGAACCCGGAGACUCAGGCUCGUUUCCAGAAGGAGGUGUGCAGUCUAAUGUGUGAGAAGCUCAAGCUAAGCACCUGGAAAGUCCAGCUUGCUGUCCUACAGUCCAUGAAGGCAUACUUCCAGGGGUUAUUGCUGCUAGAGAAAGGCAGUGAAGACUUCAAAGCAUUAUCGCAGAUCCUGACAGAGACCUGUGCUUCUCUAACUUACCCUUUAGAAAACAAAAGUUAUUCCUCUGUGAGGACAGAGGCUUUGUCAGUGGUGGAUCUGAUCGUAAAGAGAACUGGAGAGAGCGAGCAGUGGGACUGUGUGUCUGUGAAGAGCCGGCAGCAGUUGCAGCGCUCCCUGUCAACGCUGCAGUCGGACAGCAGACCCGACCUGAAGGACAAAGCCCAGGAGCUGCGUCGACACAUCCAGAGCCAACCCUGACGCACCCACAUACACGCAGCUCACGGAGCCAGCCAGACGACACAUACCGUCACGAUAGAGCAUCAGCUUCUUUUUACUUCCUUAUCAGCAAAACAAAACACGUGGCACACUCCUCUGUCUGACCUUUUUCAUGCAGUAAUUUUCUUUUAAACUCAUUUACAAAUACUUGCAUUACUUAUCCAUAUUACCUGUGAGCUUUGAAGCUGGCUUUGUGGAAGAGACUGCUCCAGUCAAGCCAACACACUGAUUCACAUUUGUGGCUGUCGAAGCUUGACUUUAAAGCUUGAAGAAACUACAAUAACAACUGCCGAGUCUGAACUCCCAGUAACUGUUGUUAAGGGCAAGGCUAUUAUUGUAACGUGUCAAGUUUUAUUUGGUUCAUUUAAAUGGACAGUAAGAUAAUAAUGAUAAAUGCUAUAUAAACCAAUGUGUUGGGUUUGUGGACGCUGUAUACCUAUAGCCCCAAAAUGGGGACUUUACUACUGCUGUGAGUUUGCCUACUCAUUAAAUGUCAGAGCAACAA